AGCGUGGGAGUGGGGGGAGGGGGUCCAGUCCUGCGUGGCUCGCGGGUUGCCCCGGACUCUGGGGCCGAUCUGGGCAGCGUGGGCGGGCCGAUCUGAGUUACCUGCAGAGGUGCUCCGCUCCUGGCUGGUUUGAGGUCGAGCUCGAGGAUCGGGCGCCCCUCAUCGUCCCUUUGCAUUCCAGCAAAAAAAAAAAAAAAAAAAAAAAAAACCUGAAAAACUGUUAGAGCAUACUGGGGGCCGUGACUCCCCAGAAGGCCAGUGUUCUUUACACUGCACCAACAUAGUCUGAAUUCCUGGUUCUCUAGAGAGAACCAAGGCUUUAAUGAAAUGUGUAAGCUGAUACCGAUCCCCACGCUACAAUUGACUGCCGUUCCUAAUAUUUAUUGUUUCAUGUCUUUUAUCAAGGACUUCUAUUUCUUCACCAAAAAAAAGGCAUCUAAAUUGUAUAACGGCCCUAAGCCACUGAGGAAAUCACAUAUAAGAAGCUCUUGGAGCCUCAGUCAGGAUUCAGUUGGGGAGUUUGAGAGCCAGAGUUCAGAGGGAGCUGGAGGCUGAAGCUGAAGCUGGAAGAGACAAAAGGCUAGUGAUUCUCAGAAUGACUGACACACCUGAUGCUGUUCCAAAUUUUGAAGAGAUGUUUGCCAAUCGAUUCACAGAAGAUGAUAGAGAGUAUCAAGAAUACCUGAAACGUCCUGUAGAUUCCCCUCCAAUUGUUGAAGAGUGGAAUAGUAGAUCUAGUGGUAAUCAGAGGAACAGAGGCAAUCGGUUGCAAGAUAACAGACACUUUCGGGGAAGGGAUGGCAGACGAGGUUGGCCAAGUGACAAUCGAUCUAAUCAGUGGCAUGGAAGACCCUGGGGUAACAAUUAUCAGCAGCAUAGACAAGAACCUUACUAUCAUCAUCAGUAUGGACAAUAUGGUUAUAAUCAACGGCCUCCUUUUGGAUACUGUUAAUGUUAGCAGCCAAGAAGUAAAACCAGUUACAUUCUCUUCUAACAUGUCAAAAGCUUGCCUGUUUCCUCUGUUUAGUCAUGUUUUUUCUAUAAGAUGUUGUAUAGAUAAUAUUAGGCAACUUGAGGCUAUUGUGUACAACUAAACUAAAAAGAAGUGAUAAUAACUGGGAAUGAUAAAUCCUGUAAAGAAGUUAUGGACUACAUUGUUCAACUUCUACCUCAAAUUCAUCUUUAUUUCGUAGUUUAUUAGUGCAUUGAAUUUUACUUAUUUUCUCUGUAAAGCUGCCUGUAACCAUAAGUUUCUAACAUAGGUAUAAUUAGGAAUAGGAAAAAAGUUUGCUUUCUCUCAAAGUUAAAGGAAUAUCUAUAAACAUGGAUGUGAUUAUUUCUGGAAUUUUGCAGACUUUAAUGAAGUAAUUCAUCAAAAGAUAGUUCUACUUGACUUGCAAAAAUAUUACAUUUAACAGCAGCUGAAACACAUUUACCUUUCACUUGACUUAGAUGAUUUUGAAAUAAUAACUGUACUAUGUGAAUGCCUAUUAUAAAGGUCUAGUUCUAUACUAGUAACAAAAGGAAGACAAGAAUAAAGAUGUAAAAUAAGCAAAGAAAUUUUAUUUUUGGAUUAAGUGGGUGUACAUCUGAUUUUUUGCAUUAUAUUGUAGUAUAACUUUGCUGGUGGGUGGCGGGUAGGAGAGAGAUAUUCUUCCCAUUCACUUAAAAACAAGAUUGAAAUUCAAGUGCACUGCAUAAUUUUAAAACUUAGUUUCAGGCCUUUCUUUCCAAUCAUUUUGUAAAACAUCAGCAUAUUUUGGUUCUUAGAGAUAUAAUAACUUAGACUUGUUUUACAUCAUUCUUUACCAAAUAUGAAACCUGCUGUAUCUUGUAUAAACACAGUAAUUGUGUGAAUUAAAAAAAAAAUCUUUCCUCUAUUUUUAUAACUGCAUUAUGAUGGCUAUUAUAAUUACGUUUUUGUUCAAGAGAAGAAAUGAUAAUUGUUUAACUUCACUUUUAAGUUCUGGGUUAUUUGCUCUUAUUGCCCUGUGUUAAUUGCCUGCCUGAAAAGAGGAAGUUCAGUAUAGUAGAAAAAUUACUCCAUUUUUGAACUCAGAGCACUUAAGUUCCAACACUGGUUGUCAUGGAUGGAACUUGGACAGUUCACUUAACUUUUCUUAACCUCAGAAAUCAUUAUUUGUGAAGUGAAGAGGUUGGAUUAGAUGAUUUCUCUGAGGUCUCUUCUAGUUCUCAAUCCUUUGAUCUAAUAAGAGUAACAUUUUGAUUUUUUUACAAGAUUGUCUUCAAUAUUUUGUAGAAUAGGAGCUACUUUAUUGAAGUAGAAGUAUUAUUAAAGAGUGUCAUCAACCUUAGUAUGAGUCAAAGCAUUGCAGUGAUAAUUAAGCCUUUCUUUUAGGUGAUUAUUAUCUACCUUCUUGACAUUUCCACCUUCACAGCCUUCUCAUAGUAAAGAAGAAUGCCUUCCCCAAGUAUCCUUCUCCUUUCUACUCCUAGGAACUUAUUUAUUUUAUUCCAUCAAAAAAACUCUUCUCUGUUAGCUAGUAUGCUAAAACAAGAAGUAAUUUGCCUUAGGUUGAAAAUGACUAGUAAAGAGUAAUGAGGCAAUUUCAAGAAGUAUUUACAUUAAGGGAGAGAAAAAACUCUUGGGAAUUAAAAUCUUUGGAAUUUUAGACACUGAGGUUGGCAAAAGAUUGGGGAGGUAGGUGGUAACUGGACCUUCCCUGUGGUCCACAAAUCAUAUCAUAUAAGGAAAUGCCUGUUCUACUUACAUAUAUGUAAAGCCAGCCCUGAAUAUGAUAAAUUCAAUAAAAGUAAAUCUUGAUAGUA